CGAAAUCAUUGAGCGUGUUAAAAGGUUAUUCACCUGUAGAUAAGAAGGUUGAAGCUAUACACAAUCUAGAAGUCGCAUUCACGAACGGUUUGACAGAAGAAGAGCAAGAGCAGAUUGAGAAUAUAACGAACAUUCUAAAGCUUAAUUUAAGAUCACCAAAUGCUCAAUUAGGACACGCCGUGGUCGCAAUCUUACCAGCAUACAUUCCAAUUCUGAAUAACGCGUCAAAUAACGAGAACACUAGACAAUUCAAACUAGGAUUGAACGCUUUCUUAGCACCACCUAAUGGAUUGAUGGAGAAAUUAGCUGAUCAGAAGGAAAGGAUAAGGGAUGCAGCGAGGGCUGCACUAAUGGCACUCAGUAUUGGCACGUUGAAGUUCGGCUCACAGUCACAAUCUAAGCUCCAAUCAUCAGCGAAAUCAUCUGUCAGUAGCAGUAGUACGAAAGACGCGCCUGAAACACCUUGGACUAUCCUCGAGAAAGCCCUCAGAGAGCAAGGUUUAGGUGGUAAAGCGUGGAGAAUACGUGAGCAAACAUUGCUGCAUUUGUCUACUUUGCAUCCAUUACAAUCAUUCCCAUUGCGCACAUUCCUCAGUCCAUUCGUCAUCCUUCUCGAAGACUCAGAUGCGAGCGUCAGAGAAGCUGCGAGAUCUACGAUUAUAACGCUCUUUAGAAACUCCUCAGCACAAGCAAAGACAAGUCUCAGGAAAGAAAUCACUGAUAAGGGUAUAAGGAAGAAUGUCGCGGAUGAAAUUCUAGACGGUGUGCUUAAGUCUGCUACCCACAAACCUGAACUCAUCCCAAUGCCAAUCGACGAUCCAAUAGAAGAGGUUAAAUUAGCUGGUUCUAAUCCUCAAUUAUCAGGUAUAUCAUCAAGACCACAAUCAUCAUUUGGCUUCAAUAGGGCACCAACUGCACCUGCUCCGACAUCACAAGCAUCUAACUCCAGUGAAAUCGAGAAACUUGAUCCAGUUUAUGUCGCUUCGGGUAAAGAUCUCGAGAAGGAGUUCGAAAGUAUGCACAUUUUAUUUAGCGGUAAAGAGACUGAGCAGAAUUGGAUACCUAGAGAAACUCAGAUUAAGAGAUUAAGAGGAAUGCUCCGGGGUGAAGUACAACAACAGUAUCACGAUAUAUUCAUCCAAGGUGUCAAGCAUAAUGUAGAUGGAAUAAUCGCAAUUGCAGGCUCAUUGAGAACUACCGUCGCUUUGAAUGCCAUUAACUUAUGUGUUGAUCUUAGUCAUUUCCUCGGAUCGUCAAUGGACAGCUUCGCUGAACCAAUUGUCAGCUGUUUGAUGAAAAUGGCUACCCUGACUAAGAAGAUUGUCGUUCAGCACUCACAGAGUGCCUUGACAACAAUUCUUCGGAAUGUAUCAUACAGUGCACGUAUACUUAACGUUCUUUAUAAUGCUAUUCAAGAGAAAGCUCCAACACCACGUCAAUUUGCAAUAAUGCACUUACGAGUAGUAAUCGAAACACAUGCCAGGGCACACAAAACUUUCAUUGAAACUUCAAAUGGUCUACAGACAUUAGAGACAUCCAUAAAGAAGACCCUAGGUGACGCUAAUCCGGGUGUCCGUGAGCAAGGUCGUACAACAUAUUGGUCAUUCCAAAAUAUUUGGCCAGCUCAAUCAGCGAAGUUAAUCGAUAGUCUUGAUCCAACUGCUCGAAAACAACUUGAAAAAGCGAAGAAUGCUGGUAAUCCCGCACCAGCUGCUAAGAAGAGUGGAUUAGCUUCACGUUCGCAACAGUUUAAAGAAGCCAAAGCAGCUUUCAUUGCAAGAAACAAAACAGGUCCAUUACCUGAAUCAACAAUACCACUUCCUGAUACCCCGGAGAAGAGAAAGACUGCUGCUGUUCAUGAAGAUGUCGAGAGCAGAUCUGCGACCCCAAUAAUGAAGAGAACGCCACCUCGAGAUGAACCUUUACAACAAGAAGACUUUGAGCAGGGAUCACAAAUUGAGGAGACCGAAAGGACUGAAAGGAUCGAGCCAGAAGUGGUUGAGCAAGAACCAGUCGGUCAGAUCGAGCAAGAAGAACCCGCUGAGCAGAUUGAACAACAAGAAACAAUCGAACAAAGUGAGCAAAUUGAACAACAAGCACCUGUUGAACAACUCGAACAAGAUCACCAAGUCGAGGAAGUAGGUGAAGAGGAGAAUAUCGAAGAGGCCGCUCCACCCGCUUCACCAAUGCAGAUUGGAUCUCCACCUGCUAAAGAUCAUUAUGACGAUGAAGAAAUGACGCCUGGCUCACCUACACCUCUUAAACUUUCAAACAGGGGUCCAUCUAGGUCUACAUCACCAAAGGAAUCAUCACCACUUCGUCAAUCAUUCAACCUAAAUGACAGUACUUCAACAGUAAAUACUAGCAAACCAUAUGGUUCACCACCACAUAGACCAUCACCACUGGGUCAAACACAACCUUAUCAAACUCGCCGUCCAAGUGAAAGACUGAGUGUUGCAAUGAUGGGGUCACAGAAUACACCAUUCGGCAGUCUGAUGCAAGAGAGUCAACCUGAUGAUUGGCAAAAUAACUCGGCGAUGGAAGAUACAUUUUUACUCGGUAAUAAAUCUAAGAAUGACACUAUUGAAGUGCAGGAUGAAGACGAAGAACUUGAAGUUAUGAAGUUUGAUGAUUCACCACUCAAAUUGCAAAGGUCGUCUAACAAGCGUCCACUCAAAAUGUCUGCAUCUACACGGUCAUCUCAGACGGAGGGUACACCAAAACAGUUUAACAAAGAAGUUGAGAAUACUGCCGAUAAUAUAAUGGAAGAUCUCGCUUCGACUAGGAUAUCUAAUACAGGUGAAGGUGCAGGUGAAGAUGAUAACGAGGCAACACCUGUAAAACCUAUCGCACCAGCGGUUCUAAACACAUCAAUGAGACAAUCACAUGCAACCCCACCAUCUAAGAUGCGCAAGAUCCUUCAGCAAGCUCAACAGGUUGUCGAUUCGCCGAUGAACAAAGCUGGUACACCUAAAGUUAUGAAAGACAUACAGAAAGUUGGUGGAACUAAUCAGUGGUGGUUGAAUAAAAUUGAUAGCUAUGAUAAUAAGAACAGCAACUUGCUGGAUUCCAAGUAUGAGCAACAUUUGGACAUACUAGAAAGACUCAAGGAGAAGCUUGUUGGUGGUGACUCGCUCUCUCAAGUGGAGUUAGACCAAUUGAAUACGAUUAGUGUGAUGUACCCAGUCACAUCGGAUAAAGAGAAUGACAAUAGUAUAUGGAGUGGAGGUGACAUAUUUACUAGCAUAUUAGAGGGUUCUCUAUUGAUGCUCGAUGAUACGAAUCUCAACGCUGAUCAACAGGAUGCUACGUUAAGAUUACUGAGAAACCUGAUUGACAAGCAAUCUGAUUUGCUUAUCGGUAGUGAAAUGAGUGUGUUCAAUAGUCUAAUCAAGCUCCGUUUGUCUAGUCGGAAAGAAAAUUACGACGCAUCUGAUGCCCUAAUGGAGCUAUUCACAGACAAUAUUGACCCAAUUUGUGGUGUGGGAGCACUCGAAAGCGCAAUUGAAAUCAACAGCAAUACGACGAGUGCGGAUGGAAUGAAGACAGCGAUGUCAUUCUCAUUAGCCUUGAAAGCACUAGGAAGACUAUUCUUGAGAUUACCUAGCGAAGUACUCGAGGAGGAGAUACCACGCGUCCAAGAUGUAUUAAUGAAGGGACUAAACUAUGAGAAUGGCUUAGUACGACAAUCGACGGUUAAGGUUAUCGUCGCUGCUCAAUCAAUAUUACGUGACGAAACCAAAUUGUUUGAUUUGGCAAGAAUACCAGAGAGUAAGAAAGGGAUACUGACUUAUUAUAUUAAUAGAGUGGGAUUACAUAAUAAUUUCACUUGAUUUUGUAAUUUUAUCAACUAAUAUAAUAUACGACGUCUGUUGAAGUUGAACAGCCAUCAUCUAUCGUCGAAAUGGUUAGAUCUAAAUUUAAGGACGAGCACCCAUUUGAAAAACGCAAAGCAGAAGCAGAGAGGAUUAGACAGAAAUAUCCUGAUAGAAUUCCUGUAAUUUGCGAGAAAGGCGAUAAAACUGAUAUUCCUACGAUCGACAAGAAGAAGUACUUGGUUCCAUCCGAUCUUACCGUUGGACAGUUCGUAUACGUUAUUAGAAAGAGAAUAAAAUUGGCUCCAGAGAAGGUUAGUUGGUCUUAUAGUUUUCGCCAUCUAGCUUAUCAUCUCCUAGGCCAUCUUCAUUUUCGUCAACGAGGAGUUACCGCCAACUGCAGCACUAAUGAGCGCAAUCUACAAUGAACACAAAGACGAAGAUGGUUUCUUAUACGUUACUUACUCGGGAGAGAAUACUUUUGGUUAAUGUCAUGACGCGCUUUUUAGCAUAAUUAAUAUCAAUAACGACUAACCUGUUGACGAACUUUGACAAAUGUUUUACUUUAUUCACUUUCACACUUCUUGGUAUCCGCGGAAUAGUCAAACAAAUGAAAUACCCUUAUCGUAGCCGAAUUCUGUCUUAUUCUUUAUAUAUAUAUAUGCAAAAUUCAUU